UCUGAUUCCUCUCUGCCCUCUCUCCCAGGUGCACCUCCAACCCAGAGACAUGUCCUGCUACAACCAGUGCCUGCCAUGCCGGCCCUGUGGCCCAACCUCGCUGGCCAACAGCUGCAAUGAGCCCUGUGUCAGGUGCCAGAACUCCACCGUCAUCAUCCAGCCCUCCCCCGUGGUGGUGACCCUGCCUGGCCCCAUCCUCAGCUCCUUCCCACAGAACACCGUUGUGGGAUCCUCCACCUCUGCUGCUGCUGGCAGCAUCCUCAGCUCUCAGGGAGUGCCCAUCACCUCUGGGUGCUGUGACCUCUCUGGCAUUUCCAGUCGCUACUGUGGCAGAAGGUGCCUCCCCUGCUUCACUACUGUGCUGUGGGAGACAUGGGGAGAAGAGCCAGGUCUGCAGCCAGGGACCCCCGCUGGCCCACUGCUGGCACCAGCACUGGGACAGAGACAGAAACUCCCUGCAACAGUGGCAGCAGCGGGGCAGGAUUCGCAACCGGAGCAGUGGUGGUGUCCAGCAGUGCCCGGGAAGGAGCAAUUGCCCCCACUGGCCCCGCUGGCUCCCGGCAAGGAGCAGCGCCUUUCUGCUCUGCACAGGGAGGCGGGCAGCAGAGCUCCUCCUGCCCCCGGGCAGCCGGGCAGCCCUCGGUCCUGUCGCAGGGACCGGCCACUGCUGGCAUGGAGCAUACAGGGCCUCUGCUCCGGCUGCUGCCUUUCCCCACUGGCUCAGCUAAGGGAGCCCUGA